AUGGUUCCCUCGGGUGAGAACAUAACUUUCCCAGUGUCAGAGAACUGUCCCAACUGCAGCUCCUCCUCCUACCCUGAUAUGGAUAACACUAAGGCUGUGACCCUGGGUCUGGUGCUGGGAGUGUUUGUCAUCUUCGGGGUUCUGGGUAACAUCCUAGUCAUUCUGUCUGUCGUGUGCCACCGCCACCUGCGCUCCGUCACACACUACUUCAUCGCCAACCUGGCAGCGGCCGACCUGCUCCUGAGCUCCACCGUGCUGCCGUUCUCUGCCACCUCGGAGGUCCUGGGCCGCUGGGUGUUUGGCCGGCCUUUCUGUAGUGCUUGGGCCGCCUUGGAUGUUCUCUGCUGCACUGCCUCUAUCCUCAGCCUGUGUGUCAUCUCUGUGGACCGCUACCUUGCCGUCAGCUACCCGCUGCGCUACCCGUCCAUAGCCACUGGGCGGCGCGGCAUGGUCGCAGUGACAGCUCUCUGGGGCCUCUCAGCAGCCAUAUCAGUGGGUCCGCUCUUCGGCUGGAAGGAGCCCGACCCAGAGGACGAGACUGAGUGCCGGAUCACAGAGGAACCGGGUUAUGCUAUUUUCUCUGCCAUGGGGUCGUUCUAUGUGCCACUGGCUGUCAUCCUGGCCAUGUACUGCAGGGUGUAUGUGGUGGCCAAGCGGAAGACUCAGGACCUGAGGGAGGGCAGGAAGAGGGAGGGGGGGAUGGACACGGAGGGAGAGGGAGUGACACUGAGGAUCCAUCGGGGAAAUGCCCCUGCUGUGCCAGAGGGACAGGAGGAGGAGGGAGAUGAGGGCACCAUUAGGCGGAGACGCACCACCUUCGCCCUCAUGCGCCUGCUGAAGUUCUCCCGGGAGAAGAAGGCAGCCAAGACUCUGGGCAUCGUGGUUGGCUGCUUCGUUCUCUGCUGGCUGCCCUUCUUCCUGGUUAUGCCCAUCGGUGAGUAUCCCACAAUGCAUUUCCUUCCUCUCUAUGAUAUGUAUGUGCUGCUGCAUGCCUUUUGUUUUGAAUUGCAUGGAAAUGAAAAAGAGACAUUAAUAUGACUAGAUGUCUGUCAGAGGGAAUAGCAUCACUGAAUUAAUUUCUCACAAAAAUAAUCUCUCUAACUGAUUUCCCAUAGCAGCAUAUAAACCCCCAUUACUGGAUAGAGAGUGAUUGCCUCACACUGUGUCGUUUUCUAGUCAGGGAAAGCUUCCCUUCCAAAUCUCAGAAAAAUAAACCCCUCCACUCAACUCAAUUGAACUUUAAAAUGUAAAUCUCAACCUCUCAAUGGAAAAGCGCUGUGACAAAAUUGAAUGGAAAUUAAUGUAUUGAUGAAGACUGAAAGAGGGGGAAUAAGCCACAAGGCCUAUUUUCUGCAUAUUCCAUUGUGUUAGUUCUGCUGCAGCACACCAAAAACAAUGUUAGGAGCCGUAAGCAAAAGCAACCCUCUAUUAUACAAAUUCAGCUACAAAAUCACUGCUGUUAGCAUUGCCAUGGGAUGAGUCACUUAUAACAAUAGUUCAGUGAUUUGAAAGAAUAUGACAGGACACAAAUGGUGCGUUAAUAUGAUGGCAAAAAUAGGAACGAUAGGAAGAUUAAGAGGAGCUAUGUAUGAUCAUAUGAUGAUGCAUGUCACCUACAGUCAAAUCCAACGUUGCCUCAAAGCUGUCAUCCACGUCAUUAAUACCCCCACAGAAUGUGAUUAACGAGAUGCAGUAUAAUGGCUUCACAGACUUUAAUAUCCUUGAUUAGGGAUGGGACAGAUCUGUAAUUCAAGAUGAUAUGGAAAUUGGGGUUGAACUCAUCUACUGUAGAUUAGCAGAUUAGCAGAAAGCCUGCUGAUGGCCUAGGUCUGGGGAGGUGUAUCUGAAUGCAUCCAUACUGUGCAUUUUGUAUCCUACUUUAGAAUGCAUUUAUAUACAAUUUCUUGAUGGAAAUCCAAUGAGUCCAAUGUUAGAAUAGUUUAUUGAUUUAUUUGUGUUUUAUUGUAUACAUAACAACGGAGUCUAUGACCUUGGUUACCCCUGUUGAAUGCUCCCUAUACAUGUCUGUUUUCUUUUACAGUACAUCAGGAAUUCAAUUACUGCCAUGGAGAAGCAGAGCAAAUGAAAUGCCAGUGCUGGGUUAUACUUCAGGGAAGAAAUGAAAUGAACAAAAACAAAAACACUAUUCAUUAUUUUAUUCCUAAACCAUUAUGGACAACAAACAUAAAGGAUAUGAUGUUGUGCUCAGUAAGCAGGCGCCCACAAUCACCCUUCAUCUUUCCAAGGCAGCAAAGCAUGACUGGAGUUUAGCAUUUCACUAAAAACAGACCUUUAGACCCGAGAGCACAAUAUUUCAUGCCGACUCUGAGAUGAUGCCCCUGAGCUUCUCAGACUAUAUGAAUGAAAGAGUUGAAUGUUUAAGACCUUUAGUGACAAAUCUCUCCAGAUAGAGAGAUACAGGUAUGUUGGCUUUACAAAACUCUCACCUAGAAAGAUAACCUAGAAAGUGUAAGUACACAGUGAACACCAGUAUGUCUGUAUUUGAAACUAUGGUGAAAUGGUGUGGGUUAAUGUGUGAGCUAUCUCUGCUCAUCCUAUAUACAUACAGAGAAUGGUCGAUAAAACAUGCCAAUGAUCGAUGAUUCAUAUUGACAUUGUGAACUACUGUAUGUGAUUUAAGUGAUCUGUGUGUGUGUGCUUUCUGUCUGUUCUUUCCACAGGCUCCAUAUUCCCAUCAUACAGGCCAUCUGACACCAUCUUUAAGAUCACCUUCUGGCUGGGCUACCUCAACAGCUGUAUCAACCCUAUUAUCUAUCCCUGCUUCAGCCAGGAGUUCAAGAGGGCCUUCCUCAACGUUCUGCACGGACGCUGUCUCAGACAGGGGGGCAGGAGCUCCAAGUCUCUGGGGUUUGCUUCUUCCUAUGAUCCCAGUCCUGGUCCAUUGUCUCUUAUCAGAUCCCAGCCUCCCCCCUCCUCCUCCAGCUCCUCCACCCAGCCACCCCAAGCCCCCUCCCCAGCUUCUCCCUCCUUGGGCUGCUGUAGGACCUUCUCUGGCUCCUCUUCCUCAGUGGGGGUGCCAGGUCAUACCCACAUUGCCCGGGUCCACAGUAAAAGCCUGCUGAAGGCGUGGUGCUUUGCAGCGGGGGAAAGACUGCCACCAUUGGGUGCUCCUAGCCUAAGCCCCUCAGCCCGUGGUGCUGCUACAUGUCAAGCCAAAGUCCAUCGCCUCUCCUUGGGAGCGAAAGGGGAGGCAGUGUGA